UCGGCGGAGUUUUGUUGUGCGGGAGAAAGGAGGGUUCAAGAUGAAGGGGGCCGCGAGCGGGAAUCAGCUAGUCUCGGCGAACCCGUACGGAAUUCAGCCGUGGGGGAAUUACUAUUGCGAAGAGAAGCCGGUCGAGAUUAGAACGAAAUCAUUGGGCAAUUUUUGUGUGUUGGAAGAUCAGAUUAUUUUGGAGCAAAUAUUGGUUCAUUUGCUCGCUGCCGAUCUCGCGAGGUUGUCUCGAGUGAGCCGGGUGUUUUACGUUUUUUGUUAUUACGACAAGAUAUGGAGGGAUUUAACGUUGGAGAGUUUUGGAGGGGAUUGGACGUUUAGGUCUACUUGGAGGGAGACUUACAUUUGUCGAGCCAGGGGGCGCGUUUUGCACGGCGACCCGGCGCACUGGAGGGCGGUACCCAUGAGGGUGGAUCAUUUUUACUCGGAUUACAUGCACGACGAGUGGGAGUGCGCGGUUACGGAUCCCAGAAUUUGGGAGAGUUGCUGCGCAGAAAACAUAGAGAGGUGCGCGAAUCCCUCGCCGGAGGAGUUCGACUUGAGGUACGGGAGGCCCAAUCUGCCGGUGGUGAUGACGGGGGUGGUCGAGGGAUGGCCGGCGUGGGAGAGCUGGACGAGGGAGAAGUUGAAGGGUCGAUUUCCUGAAAAGGGUCAGACGUUUCAAGUUGGUUCUGUGUCGUUGCCGUUGUGCGAGUAUUUUGAUUAUUGCGACAAGACUCGCGACGAGACGCCGUUGUACCUGUUCGACGGUCGGUUUGGCGAGAAGUACCCGGAGUUGUUGGAGGAUUACAGGGUUCCGGAGUGUUUCGGGAAGGAUUAUUUUAGUCUUCUGGACGAGGAGGUGAGGCCCAGCUACAGGUGGAUAUUGAUUGGACCGGCGCGAUCCGGGUCCACGUUUCACAAGGACCCCAACUCGACGUCGGCGUGGAACGCGCUUAUAAGGGGGAAGAAGCUGUGGAUAAUGUACCCGCCGGAGGUGGUUCCGCCGGAGGUGUACCCGUCGAGGGACCAGGCCGAGGUGACGACGCCGGUGUCGGUGAUGGAGUGGAUGGUUCGUUUUUUCAAGAAGGCUCAGAGGCGAACGGAUGCGUACAAGAUUUGUAUACAAAGGCCUGGAGAAAUAGUGUAUAUACCCAAUGGGUGGUGGCACCAGGUGGUGAACUUGGAGGAGUGCGUGGCGGUGACCCAGAACGUGGUGUGCGACAACAAUUUGAGGAACGUGGUGCGGUUUUUGGAGAGGAAGCGGAACCGGGUGUACUGGGCGUUUCGGGAGGCGAUGGAGAGGGAGCACUCGGAGAAAUGGGAGGAGGCGGCGGGGCGUAUUUUUUUUUUCGCGUGCGUGGGGGGGACAGUGCGCUGA